AGUGCUUCUGCUCCUCACUGAAAGCAACCAGAAUCACUGAAAUGAAGAGAUUCAGCACCACAAAUGUCAUGAAAAUGAUGCAGGAUCCAAUUAAGAAGGAGCCUAAAAUUGGAUUGUAGUCCAAGAUCUGUAGUAUUAAUAAGAUACCAGAUAUCAAAAUGCAAUUGCAUAAGCCUCUUUGCAAGUAACUCUAUCAAAGCUGCGGCACUCCUCUUGGCAUUAGGACAAAAAUCUAUUUCUCCUGUGACAGCAAUGCAUAAAAGAGUGUGUCAGAGUCAUCAUUUCAAUGAGAGGAUUCAGGAGCCUCUCCUAAUGCUCAGGCCGGUUACAGUUCUGUAUAACAUGUCAUUAUUGGCAACAUGGAAAAGAAGAAAAGAACUUAACUGGCUGAGAUUUCCACAGACUUUCAAAGUCACCUGUUUCUGUCAGUGCUGUCCAAAUGGAGAAAAAGGCAUGCUGUCUUGAUGAUUUUCCACGAUAAGCCAUCAAAGAGACGAAAGUGCUGAAGGUGAUGCUUCAGAUUCAUUUUACACGACUCCUUGGGUGUGCCUGGCUGCUUGAGGAAAGAGCUUUUCUUAGCCCAGACAGGAGGGGACUGCAGCGCCUGCAGGAACAGCUGCGUAGGGGACACAGAAACCGUUUGAUUACAUGAGAGAUGGAAACGAUAUUUAAUAAAAACAAAGAAGAACAUCCAGAGCCCAUAAAAGCUGAGGUGCAAGGUCAGUUGCCCACUUGGUUGCAAGGGAUACUUCUCCGAAAUGGCCCAGGGAUGCACACAGUAGGGGACACUAAAUAUAACCACUGGUUUGAUGGCUUGGCUCUGCUGCAUAGCUUUACAUUUAAAAAUGGUGAAGUCUACUACAGAAGUAAGUAUCUCCGAAGUGACUCAUACAACUGCAAUAUAGAAGCAAACCGAAUCGUGGUGUCUGAGUUUGGAACUAUGGCUUAUCCAGAUCCAUGCAAAAACAUAUUUGCCAAGGCAUUCUCAUACUUGUCUCACACCAUUCCCGAGUUCACAGACAACUGCCUGAUCAACAUUAUGAAAUCUGGGGAUGAUUAUUAUGCUACCAGUGAGACUAACUUCAUCAGAAAAAUUAAUCCACAGACUCUGGAGACUCUAGAGAAGGUUGACUACAACAAAUAUGUAGCUGUAAAUGUGGCAACUUCUCAUCCACACUAUGACAGUGCUGGAAAUGUUCUCAACAUGGGUACUUCAAUUGUUGAUAAAGGGAAAACAAAAUAUGUUUUAUUUAAGAUUCCUUCCUCUGUGCCAGAAACAGAAAAGAAGAAAUCUUGUUUUAAACACCUGGAAGUGGUAUGCUCCAUCCCUUCUCGCUCGCUGCUUCAACCAAGCUACUACCAUAGCUUUGGAAUCACAGAGAACUAUAUUGUGUUCAUAGAGCAGCCAUUCAAACUGGAUAUUGUCAAAAUGGCAACUGCUUACAUCCGAGGUGUGAACUGGGCUUCCUGCCUUGCCUUCCAUAAGGACGAUAAGACAUGGUUUCACUUUGUAGACAGGAAGACUAAAAAAGAUGUAUCCACCAAGUUUUAUACGGAUGCUCUGGUGCUUUAUCACCAUGUAAAUGCUUAUGAAGAGGAUGGCCACAUUAUUUUUGAUAUUAUUGCCUACACAGACAAUAGCUUAUAUGACAUGUUUUACUUAAAAAAACUGAGUAAAGACUUUGAAGAGAACAACGAACUUACCUCCAUACCAACCUGCAAGCGAUUUGUUGUUCCUCUGCAGUAUGACAAGGAUGCAGAAGUAGGUUCUAAUUUAGUCACACUUCCAACUUCCGCAACUGCUGUAAAAGAGAAAGAUGGCAGCAUAUAUUGCCGACCUGAAAUAUUAUGUAAAGGGAUAGAACUGCCUCACAUCAACUAUGGAUAUAAUGGCAAAAAAUACAAAUACGUCUAUGCAACAGAAGUCCAGUGGAGUCCAGUUCCUACAAAGAUUGCAAAACUGAAUGUCCAAACAAAGGAAAUGCUCCACUGGAGAGCUGACCACUGCUGGCCAUCUGAGCCUAUUUUUGUUCCCAGCCCUGAUGCAAGAGAAGAGGAUGAUGGUGUUGUUUUGACCUGUGUUGUGACAUCUGAUCCAAAGGAGGCACCCUUCCUACUCAUCUUGGAUGCUAAAACAUUCAAAGAACUGGGCCGAGCCAGAGUAAAUGUAGAAAUGCAUCUGGACCUGCAUGGAAUGUUUAUACCAGAGAAAGUUUUGAAGACUGAGACUGAGUAAAAUGUUCUUUAUCCUAUUACACAGACUGAGACAACCUUCUACUGAAUGUGGAAUAAUAUCCCUUUUGUCGUUCAGGAGCAACCAUAUUACGGCAAGAAAUGAUUAUAUACGAUCUCUUAAAUAACUAUAUAUAAUCCCUUUUAAGAGAUAGCAAUGACUUUUAUUAGAAAUAAUGAUAUGCACAACUGGCAUAUAACUAGUCCAAAAGAAGAAUGAUCAGUCUUUAAAAAGUGCUAAUGUUGUGGGGAAAGGAAUAGGAGAAAAAGGUAGUUUUAUUUAAGUAGAAUACAGCUUUCUGAGCAAAUGAAGUACAGUAUUUUUAAUGUGAUAUAGGGAAUAAAUAACGUAUGUCUACAGCUCAUGAAAAUUUCAUGGAUUGUUUCAAGACUGUAGCUCAUGAUGAAAGUUGUCUUCUGCUAGAAAACCUCACAUUAAACUAUCUGCUAUGAUACUAUUAUAUUAAUUCAUGGCAAUGCAUUUUCUUGGUGCUUGAUUUCUUAAACUCCACUGUAACCAAAGUUAAGUAUUACAUUCAGGUGCUAUAACUUUCUAAUUUAGAAC